GGUUCUAUUAUGUUUACUUAGACGGUUAGACUUGUAGCAUCGUCGGUAGGCGGUCCGGCGCCGUUGAUGCAUGAGGUAGCAAGCCACGUGUGAGCUCUUGGCUUCCUACUACCAGUAGCUAUCGUUCCCCUUUCACGUCACUGAAAUUGUCGCGCUCUUUACGGCCCUUCAUUGCUUUAUUUACCUUUCGGCUACAAUGACGGCCAUCACCUUACACGGAUAUUUAUGCCAUGGGACGAACCUUCGAAGGGAAGCACAUGUUUCGACAUCUGAAAUAUAAGAACCCUCCGUGAGAGAACCAGUACCUGCCAAACAUGCGCUUCUUUUUGCUCUCGCUACUCACCUUGAGCGCCAGUGCGAGAUUCUUGAACAACUUUGCUGACCUCAAAGGUCUUGAUGCAUACGAUUUCGUGGUCGUCGGAGGCGGUCCUGGCGGAAGCACAGUGGCCGACAGACUGAGCGAAGAUUCUACGGUCAGCGUGUUAUUGCUCGAGGCUGGGGGUGAAAACGACCCUGCGGUGGAUCCCGCUCUUGCUAUACCGCUGUUCUGCACGACGCUGACGCCAAAUACGGCUUACGAUUGGAACUAUACGACCGUUCCACAAGAAGAGCUCAAUGGCAGAAGUAUUCCAUACCCUCUGGGCAUUGGUUUGGGUGGUUCGAGUGCCGUUAACUGCUUAGUAUACACUCGUGGCUCCACAGACGACAUCGACAAAUGGGCCGAGCUUUCGGGAGAUGAGGGCUGGUCAUGGGACAGUAUGCUGCCAUACUUCAAGAAGGGUGAGAAAUUCAAUACGAUUCCUCGCGACGGGCAUAACACCACUGGCGAAUACCUGCCCGCCUUCCAUGGUACCGAUGGCGUGAUUGGUGUCAGUCUUCCAGGAUAUCCCUACCCCUUUGAUGGACGCGUCAUAAACACUACUCAGGAACUAGCAGAGUUCCCAUACCGUGUGGAUAUGAACUCUGGCGAACACAUAGGUAUAGGAUGGGUUCAGACGCUCGUCGAUGGUGGACAGCGAUCCAGUGCGAAAGCGCACUUACUCCGCGCUGAGAGUGAGGGUAGGGAGAACAUAGACGUACUAUUGCAUGCUCGAGUGUCUCGCGUAGUGCCUGCUGUGGAUGGUACGCUGGACUUGAGAUCCGUGGAGGUACUGGAUCCUGCUGAUGGGUCGCUUAAAAAUCUCACUGCCAAAAAUGAGAUAAUUCUCUCUGCUGGGUCCGUUAUGACUCCGACCAUCCUUCUUCAUUCUGGAAUUGGAGACCCCGAACUGCUCGAACCUCUCGGUAUAACUACCAUCUUGUCGCUUCCAUCUGUAGGGAAGAACCUUACGGACCACAUCGGAGUCAGCACGACCUUUAUCGUGAACUCGACCGACACAUACGACACCGUCCUCAGAAACGAGACUCUCUUGAACGAAUGGAUAGCGGAAUGGACUGAGAACAAGACGGGGCUACUUACAGACACGUCGGAGAAUCAUGCCGCUUGGCUUCGUCUCCCAGACAACUCGACUGUGUUUGAGAACUAUUCCGAUCCUUCAUCGGGUCCCUUGACGGCACAUUACGAGUUCCUAUUCCAGAAUGGAUUAUCCAGUGUCAGAGCAAGUGGAAACUACAUCAACGUCCCAACGGCAUGUGUAUCGCCGGCUUCACGAGGAUCAGUCUCCAUUAAUUCCUCCAACCCCUUCUCUGAACCUCUCGUUGACCCCGCCCUCCUCACUGCCCCUGUCGAUAUCCUCAUCGUACGGGAAUCCAUCAAGGCAGCUCGACGAUUCUUCAGUGGUCCUGCAUGGGAAGGUUACAUCCUCGGGUCGCUCAACAACAACGCGACAACUGACGAAGAGAUUGAGGAGUUCAUCCGCGAAAAUGCUGUGUCGUUCUUCCACCCUGUCAGUACAGCAAGCAUGUCGCCAGAGGGGGCCGACUGGGGUGUGGUGGAUCCAGAUUUAAAGGUUAAGGGCGUGAAUGGGUUGAGGGUUGUGGAUGCGAGUGUGAUUCCUAGGUUGCCGGCGGCGCAUACGUCUGCUUCAGUGUAUGCUGUGGCGGAGAGGGCGGCGGAUAUCAUCAAGGCGGCAUAUGGGUUGCAGGUCGAAGCCCUGUGAAAAGGUUGUUGGAGCACAAUAGCAUUUUUUUGGGAUCAGUGUUGCAAGGAUAUUCGUCAGACUGGAUUCUACGUCGACAUACCAACGAUUAUGAUAGUUGAGCUAUAUGAUCGUCGAUGAUAUCUGGUGAACGUUUGUCUGAGCGGCUAUAGUCAACGUCGUGUGGGCAGGCGCUGUGAAUGACUUUGUCCCUCUUUAUCAAACGCGUCGCCUUUGCGAAGUCCGGUAA